UAUCGGGUCUCCGAUCGCUGCGGGUACUUUGAGCUAUCCUCUCAUCUGCCGCUAUCGCAGUCAUGCUCAGAUACUUACAGCCGAUCAUCAUUCGAGUGUUUUGGCCUUCGACGUGAAUAGUCCACAAUCGAGUGCUCCCCGUUAACGCGAUUUCUCGUUCCAGCUUAUCAUGUCCUGGUCCACUCCAUUUCGGUCGUUGGUCAUGGGCCAUUAACGACAGUUUCGCUUUUACAAUGUUCACACGUGUGCUAAUCAUCCUCUCUACUUCUCACCUGGUCAACAAAAACAAUAUGAUCUAUGCUGCUGUUUCCGUUGGAGGUUUGAUGUUGAUUGCUGAGUUGACGUGGGUGCUUUGGGGGGCGGUAUCGCUUCAAAGGACCCGUUCAUACGAGCAGUCGGUUGAUGGGAAAACGGAGUAUGGACUCAAGUACACAGAGUUUAUGAAUGGGAUAGAGGUCGACGAAGGUUACUGACUCGUUCUACCCACGCGUGACUCUUGGACAGUGGAAGCUGACGAGGUCGGGAGGAAGUUCAAGACGUAUUGGUACCCUGAGAUGUUUUUCAGCUAGAAAGAGAAAGAGGACUGCACCUGCGGUGAUUUACACUUCUUUUGUUACCUCAGCAAACUCCAUGUCGUCGUCAGAAGUGGCAAUCCGAGAAUGGAUAUUCCAAAAGUCGCAUGUAA